UUGAGGCUCAGCUGGAGCGUUUUUCAGAAGGCUGUAAGCCCGGGCAGUCAAGCCGAGAGCCCAUGCAUCCUAUCCAACAUUCAGGCGGCCGUGUUGCUCUCUGGAUAGACACUCCGUCAUCGAGACUCCCCGACUCCUCGCAUAGCCGCGUUAAGUUUCCUCAAAAGUCUGGAGUCAUGGCCUUACCAGUGAUCCCUCGCCGCAUCUUUGCCCAACCACCAUGGAUUCAAUAUCUCUAAACGCCACAGGCAUUCCUUCCCUCCUUGAUACGUCAAAUGUUUCCUCCACCACCAUCCUUUUGAACCUCGCGCUCGUAGGCCUUGGCGCUGCUGUCUUGAAGCGCAUUGUCUCCAAGCGAUCCGUACCACUCCCUCCAGGUCCGAAAGGAUGGCCUGUCAUCGGAAGUUUAUUUCUCAUGGUGCAAAGUGCUAACAUCAAGAGGUGGCACGCGUACGCUCAGUGGAGUCAGCAGUGGGGUUCUAUGGUGUACAUGACGGUAUUGGGCCAGGGCAUGCUCAUUAUCAACUCGCGGCAACUUGCGCUGGAGUACCUUGAAAAGAGGAGUACAGUGACGUCGGACAGGCCUCAGCUCUUCGUCGCCACACAACUUGGAAUCAACAGAUUCAUCACCCUCGAUAAGGAUGGCCCCCGAUUCCGUGAUCAACGUCGCAUGAUGGCCGGCUUCAUGGGCAGCUGGGCAGUUCUCGAGCGAUUCCACCCCGCUUUCGAGCGCGAGACCAGCACACUUUUGAAGACACUGCUCGACGAGCCGAAAGACUUUGCCACACAUGUGCACAGACUGGUUGGCGCCGUCAUUUUACCUUUCGUUUACGGGUACCACCCGAAUUUCAACGGCGAGGACCCGGUGAUGGAAAGUACGGAGCGUGGCGUAGAGGUCUUCCUUGAUGCCACCAAGUUCGGAUCCUUCAUUGUCGACAGCUUCCCAACACUGAGAUUCAUCCCCUCCUGGCUUCCCGGAGGUGGAUGGAAGCGUAUGCUGGCACCAUGGCAAGCGGCUAUCGACAACAUGCUCGAUGUUCCGUACGUCUUCACACAAAAGAAAAUGUCCGAAGGUAUGGCCGAGCCUUGCUUCGUCACCUCACAGAUCGAGAAGGAAGGAGGCAAGAAGCUGAACCCUGAACGGGAGGAGGCUAUCAAGUUGACCGCAAACGCUAUCUGGGGUGGUGCUUCUGACACGAGUCCCGCCGCAUUGAAAACCUUCUUCUUGAUGAUGAUGCUCCACCCCGAGAUCCAGCGUAAGGCCCAAGCUGAGAUUGACGCUGCCAUUGGUCCCGAUGGCGGUCUGCCGAACAUGCAAACACGGGCGAAGCUUCCUUAUAUCGAGGCCAUCUUCAAAGAAGUCUUGCGCAUGUACCCAGUCACCCCUCUAGGAUUCCCUCACGCCGCUCGCGAAGAUGAUGUUCUCGACGGAUACCUCGUUCCCAAAUCCACGGUCAUCAUGGUCAACGUUUGGGAGAUCCUGCAUGACCCGAAGUACUACAGCGAUCCGUUCGCAUUCAAGCCCGAGCGUUUCCUCACGACACCGACACACGAAUCCGAGCUCGAUCCAUCAGACGUGAUCUUUGGCUUUGGACGACGAAUCUGCCCAGGCAACAAAGUCGCCAACCUCCUGUCGUUCCUUGCGAUCAGCAAGAUCCUGGCCGUCUUCGAUAUCACCAAGCCCGUAGACGCCAGCGGCAAACCCAUCGAACCCGUCAUCGACUACAAUGAUGGCACCAUCAGUCACCCGGCGCCGUUCGAGUGCGCCAUCAAGCCUCGGUCUGCUAAGGCUGUCGAGUUGAUUCAUGAGGCUGCGGCUGCUGCAGCUGAGGCUUGAUUCCUGACGAUGAUUGUCGGUAGUGACUUGUUCUGUACGUAGAUGCCACGAUUGUGUACAUGUAUACGGUUUUCAUGCUUGAUUAUGUUACGAUUCGUUGAUGUGGAAUGAUAGACGAAUUUCUUGAUUUU